CCUGCGCGGGCUGCUGAUUGGGCGGCCGCCGUCGGGCCGGGAACGCCCUGCCUGCCUGCCUGCCUGCCUGCCUGCCAGCCGGGCCCGUCAGCUGCCGCGCCUUUGAACUUCCUUCCUUCUCCUCGUCCCUGGCCAGCCGAGCCGAGCCGGGCGGGCUCCUUCGCCAGGACAGCGGAGCAGGAGUUCGAUCCCCGGGGGCAGCCGUCUGGAUAGCCUCGCCUGCGUUGGCCCGGCCGUCUGUGCUCUGCUGCUCAGGGAGCGACCGGCAUGAUCAGCUGAGAGGCGGCUGCUCUCCUGGGCAGGAGGAGGCAGGGGACGCGGCGGGGCCAGGUGAGACGGGCAGGGGCUGCGCGUGGCGGAGGGAGGCUGCUCGGGGAAGCGCCAUGUCGAAGCCCACGGACCACAUCAAGCGGCCCAUGAACGCCUUCAUGGUGUGGUCGCGGGGCCAGCGGCGCAAGAUGGCCCAGGAGAACCCCAAGAUGCACAACUCGGAGAUCUCCAAGCGCCUGGGCGCCGAGUGGAAGCUGCUCUCGGAGGCCGAGAAGCGCCCCUACAUCGACGAGGCCAAGCGGCUGCGCGCCCAGCACAUGAAGGAGCACCCCGACUACAAAUACCGGCCCCGCCGCAAGCCCAAGAACCUGCUCAAGAAGGACAGACACCACAUCUCUUACUGCAUUAUUCCUUUCGAAACAAUCACAGAACUACCUUUGCAAACCAGGGCUCUGCCCCUCUUGCUUGGCCUGGGUGUGUGGAAGCUAACCUCUGGGACCUUCCUCCAUGGAACCUUCUUACAUCUUCUUGACCUGCUCCGUGAAGUUUAGAGCCUUGGACCUCACCUCAAACGUGGGAGUUCUACCCAAAACAUUGCAGAUAAAAUCAACCGCAUCAUCCAACGUUUUAACUUAGAAGUGGACAAACAAACCAAUUGGACCCCUACCUUCCAGCUUUUCUUCCUGUCAGAUUGCUGCUAUUCACCAAAGAAAGAUGGCCAUCUAUUUUUAACAAUUCUAGAGUAUAUCCUUUGUCGGCAUAACCCUGCAAUUGUCCAAGGCAUCUUUGCACUAUGCUUACAAGGAGAGGAGUGCAGAAAUCUAUUCCAGGAAAUACGUAGAUGAUACUGACAUUGUCCAAAGUCUGUUACCAUCUGGGAUUUUCAAGAAGGAAUAUGUAUUGAUGUACUAGCUGUGAAAUAUCAGAAUUGUCCUAUUUCUCUGAAUGUAUACAUAACAGAGAUGUGCAUUUGGAUGCUUUCUAACCUAAAUCUGAAACAGAUCUUUUUCUUCAUAAAAAAUAUGCUGCCAAUAAAAUAUUUUUCAGACA